AAUUCUUUUCGGUUCCUCAUCGAGUGUCGUCUAUCUACCGGAGAACAACGAGGAGAGAUCAUCUUAUCGAAGAUAAAGAGUGGUAGCCAAACACAUCAAGGCUGAGACAUGGCGGAGCAACUUAGAAUCCAUACGGUGGACAUGCAUAUUUCUCCCUCCAGCUUCACAGUAUCGGAGAAGAGCGGCGCGUCGGUGUCGCCGUCGACUCCUGGAGGUACCGCCCGUCUGAGACCGCCGAAGAGGAGGAGCCGCUGCAGCAGGUGUCUGUGCUGGACUCUUCUCGCAGUCAUCAUCCUCAUCGUGCUGAUCGCCGCCGCCGCCGGUGUCGCGUACGUCGUGUUCCGCCUAAGGUUGCCCAAGUACUCGGUGGACCACCUCAGGGUCUCCAGAUUCGGUGUCAACGACGACGAUAUAACCGUCGGUGCCGUGUUCGACGUGGCGGUGACGGCAACAAACCCGAACAGGAAGAUCGGGAUAUACUACGAGGAGGGGAGUGAACUGAGCUUGUGGUACGCCGACGAGAGGCUCUGCACCGGGAGCUUUCCGGUGUUCUACCAGGGCCACAGGAACACGACGGUGCUGCAUGUUUUCCUCACCGGAGGAACACAAGUAGGGAGCGAGUUGCUCGCGGAACUGCAGCAGCAGCAACUGGAAGGGGUAUUACCAUUAACCUUCCGAGGCGACGUGCCGGUGAGGGUGAAGCUUGACAAGCUGACGCUGUGGAAGGUGACGUUCAACGUGAGAUGCAGUGUGGUGGUGGAUAGUUUGACUACCAGCGACGACAUCAGCGUUCGAUCCAGCAGCUGCAGAUUUAGGUUGAAGCUAUGGUAAUGUUUCCGAGUUAUACUCUCUCUUUUUUGCUCAUCAUAUAAAAUAAACAGCUUCAUGCUUGAAGCUCUCAUUACGUAUUUGAAACUUUUUACGAGAUCUAUAUAGCAUAUUAUUUUGAUUAUUUAACUGUAAGAAGCUUGUUUC